GCCGCUUAGGGAGCUGUCCGUGUCAGUAGGUGCUGGAGUGUUUUCACUGAAGCCGAUUCUCCCCCCAGUCCACCGAAACAGACGGGAGCGAUGGAAGAAGAGUUAAAAUGUCCCGUUUGCGGUUCUCUCUUCAAGGACCCCAUCCUGCUGCCCUGCUCCCACAAUGUCUGCCUGGCGUGUGCUCGGAACAUCACCGUGCAGACCCCGGACGGGGAGACCCCGGUGCAGAACCGAGCUUCGGGCAGCUCUGACUACGACUACCUGGACAUGGACAAGAUGAGUCUGUACAGCGAGACGGACAGCGGGUACGGCUCGUACACGCCGUGCCAGCUCAAGUCUCCAAACGGGGUGCGGGUGUUUCCGCCGGCCAACCCCCACCGACACUGCUCGCUCACUUGCCCGCUGUGUCACCGGAGCGUCUCCCUGGAUGAGCGGGGGCUUCGGGGUUUCCCUCGGAACCGGCUGCUGGAGGCCAUCGUGGCGCGGUACCAGCAGAACCGCGCCGCAUCCUCCUCUUCUUCUUCUACGGCGGUAAAAUGCCAGCUGUGCGACCGCAACCCGGUGGACGCGGCGGUGAUGUGCGAGCAGUGCGAUGUCUUCUACUGUAACGCCUGCCAGCAGCGGUGCCACCCGUCUCGCGGUCCGCUCGCCAAGCACCGCCUGGUGCCGCCGCGGACCCAAGCGACAGGAGGUGGCGCGGCAAGCGGAGGAGGGAGCGGCGGUCAGCAGCCGCCCGCCACUGCGCGGAAACCGGCGACCUGCGUGGAUCACGAGGCGGAAAACUUCAACAUGUACUGCUACAGCUGCAAGACUCCGGUGUGUAUGAAGUGUCUGGAGGAGGGAAAACACGCCAAGCACGACAUCAAACCGCUGGCCGUGAUGUGGAAACAACACAAG